AUGCUGCCCCAUAAUCUCAGAUCCAUAUCAUACACAACUAACUCGAACCCAGUAGAGAGUGUUCUCAAACAAUGCCACACUGGUGUUCUCCAAGCUAAACAAAUUCUCCGCCAAUCUCUUCUGACUGCAGGUUCAGCAGCCUCAAAUGCUGUAAAUGUCCCAAAGGGGUACCUGGCAGUUUAUGUUGAAGAGUCUCAGAAGACGCGAUUUUUGGUUCCAUUGUCGUACUUGAACCAACCUGAAUUUCAAGAGCUGCUACAUAAGGCUGAAGAAGAGUAUGGAUUUGAUCAUCCAAUGGGUGGUCUCACAAUUCCUUGCCCAGAAGACACCUUCUUAGACAUUACCUCUCAUUUGAGUAUUUUGUGAGAGUACAAAGAGCUUACAUGCAUAGGAGUAAAAAACAGAUCAUCAAGAAAAGUUUUGUAAAUUACGGAGCAAAUUAUUACAUGUACAUCCUUCCUUUUUUUUGGCGAAUUUUUUUUCUGGAGGAAGUAAAAACUCCCUUAACAAGAAAUCAUGCAAUAAAAAUAUUACAUUCUUUUAUCUAAA